AUGUCUCUUGCGCAGAACAGCAACUUAGACUCCAAGCGCAGACGAUUCCAACCGUCUAUUACGACUUUCUUCUCUCCAGCCGUGUCCGACUCGAAUGGCACAGACGCUGCAUGCGACCCCCAUCUUUCUCACAACCACUAUGCCGCCGCUACCAAUUCUCCCACCCCCAUUCUCCCUGCCAAAAUCCAAUCCUCUCUCCUCUCGGUCGGCAUGCGCGUCCGAAAAUCAGUCGCUGAAGGUUACAAGACGAAGGGUGUGAAGAUGUUCGAUGCACCUACCAGUACCAUCACUCUCUCCGCAAAGCAUGAACAUUCCACCGGUAGAGGCUGUCCUACCGUCCGCGGGGAACUUGCUCCUUUCUGCGGCCUCUCCAAAUCAUGCGACUACACUAUUCAACCUCACUCUAAUCCAGUCUAUCGACUGUCUGAGACAAGGGACCAUAACGUUGACAUCGUUACCGACGAUGGCGAUGCGUUCUCGCUUCCUCCCAGCAGUCAAGAGUCCGUUUACUCGGCCAACAAUGGCCAGAAACGAUCCUAUGACCCUGAUGAUGCGGAUGAAUACGCCAGUGACUUUGAACACAAUGUGUUUGUAACUACAGACACCGUACCCGGUCGAACCAUCCUCUGUCCGAGUCUGGGGCGCCAACGGCGGCGAUUCGUUGCAUUACAAAACCAAGCCAUUCAACAGGGGACUAUGCAAGUCGAUGACUUCGAGGAGCCAGUGUUUCUUCGUAGGCGGGAAGAGGUUGAUACCGAUUACUUGCCUGGUCGAAUAGGUAGUUGUGAGGUUGAAAUGGGAGGGGCAUGA